GUACGUACGACGUCGCGCAGCGGAAAAAUGGCGGCUCCCAGCGCUGGUGGUUCUGCUGAUCCGGUGGAGGAAUCGUUCUCGACGUUUUACAGCGAGGUUAAGCAAAUUGAGAAGCGUGACUCGGUCUUUACUCCAAAGCAGCAGAUAGAAAGACUUCUCAGGCCUGGUUCAUCAUAUUUCAACUUAAACCCAUUUGAGGUUCUGCAAAUAGACCCUGAAGCUACAGAUGAGGAAAUCAAAAAGAGAUUUCGACAGCUAUCAAUCCUUGUCCAUCCAGAUAAAAAUCAAGAUGACCCAGACAGAGCCCAGAAAGCAUUUGAAGCUGUAGACAAGGCAUACAAACGUUUAUUGGACCCAGAGCAGAAGAAGAGGGCGCUAGAUGUAAUCCAGGCUGGACAGGAGUAUGUUGAACAUAUUGUCAAAGAAAAGAAGAAGCAGUUAAAAAAAGAAGGGAAGCCAUUAGUAGUUGAGGAAGAUGACCAAGAAGUGUUCAAACAGGCUGUGUACAAACAAACCAUGAAACUCUUUGCAGAGCUGGAAAUCAAACGGAAAGAGCGGGAGGCAAAAGAAAUGCAUGAAAGGAAAAGGCAGAGAGAAGAGGAAAUUGAAGCACAAGAGAAAGCGAAACGGGACAGAGAGUGGCAGAAAAACUUUGAGGAAAGUCGUGAUGGACGUGUAGACAGUUGGAGAAACUUUCAAGCCCACACGAAAGGGAAGAAAAAAGAAAAGAAGGCUCGGACCUUUUUAAAACCACCCAAAGUGAAGAUGGAGCAGAGAGAGUAACCCACCUUUCUGCAUAGAUAGAUAAACCCCCCACUGAGUUUUACAAACUGCAUAUAUGUUCUCUCUCCUUAAAUAUUUUUUUUUUGUGCUAGAGGGUGCUUGUCCCUUUGGCUGAGAAUUAAUCCUUCUCUCCUUAUGUACAGUGGCCACUAUUCAUUUUUUUUUUUUUUUUUUGCUCAGGAAAUGCUUGUAAUUUAACGUUUUGUACUUCGAUAGUUUGAUGUCUACCAAGAUGAUGUAUUAUAGAACCAAGACAUUAAAAGGACAUUUAAAGAAUGA